GUUGGGCUAUAUACAAAAAAUGGACUCGGACACGGACUCGGACCGGGAGAAGAGCAGCGAUCCCAAUGAGGAGCUGCUCAGCAGCGAUGAUAAAACCUUUCACGACGAUGACGACGACGACGAGGAUGAGGACGAGGACGAGGACUCAUCGGCCGUUGAUGAUGUUGACAACUUAGAUACGGUCGAUCCAAUUAGGCAAAUCGAUGCAGAACAAGCGCAAUCCACAGCAGAGCAACUGCUGGUGGUGCUCAUGCAAACAGAAGCCAUAGAAAUGCAACUGCAGCAAAUCGAUGUCGAGCUGGAUGUAAAUGUGGCUGCCAAAUCAGUGGCAGCAGCCAGCACAGCUCCAGAGCCGCAGGUUGCCAACGAAGUGGUCGGGGAGCCAGCUGGCAACCAGCGCCGGGUGCCGCCCGAGCCGCUUGUUGCCAAAUGCAGGGAGAGCGUGCGCGAAUCUGUCGAAUGCUUUUACUCGGCACAGGAUCUGCUCGAAUAUGGGCAUAUGCUGGCAUCCACGGCGGAGCAGCGCACGCCGGACGUCGAGUCCGGCUAUUUUGACAAGUCGGAGAGCGAUGAUGUUUCGCGCGAAGAGUUUGAGGCGCAAUCGUGCAGCCUGCGCCGACCCAGAGGCCCACAGGCGCUGCCCAUCCUCUCCAGCCAAGCGCUGGCAUCCACUGCCAGCAGCAGCUCGGAGAGUCUACGCAUUGAGCUGAGCCGCUUUUGCAGCUCCAUUGAGACGUUCGAGCUGCAGCAGCAACAGCAACAACAACAACAGCAGGAGAUCUCACUGCCGGCAGAGGUGCCUGCAGCUGGAGAGGAUUUGACAACGGACGAACAAUUCCUAGAUACACAAAAAGCUCAUCGAGCCCUCGAAUUGCUCGAGGAUUAUCACGCUCGUCUGUCGGAGCCACAGGAUCGUGCUCUGCGUAUCGCAAUCGAACGGGUCAUCCGCAUUUUUAAGUCUCGCCUAUUUCAAGCGCUGCUCGAUAUACAAGAAUUCUAUGAAUUAACAUUAUUGGAUGACUCGAAAAGCAUACAACAAAAAACCGCCGAAACAUUGCAAAUUGCAACCAAGUGGGAGAAGGAUGGACAGGCCACAAAGAUAGCCGAUUUUAUAAAAACAACCAAUCUAAAUCGCAAUUGCGUCUAUGAAAUUAACAACGAUGCCACAAAUCCCAAUCCAAGUUCAAAUCUUAAUCAAAACGCGAACGCGAACGCGGCCGCGCAUGCCGAGGCCUUGAGCAGAACAUUUAAAAAUGAAUUGGAAGAGAUUUUGAACCAACGCAUGCGCAUUGAGUCUGAUUAUGAGAAUGCCAAAGAUGCCACAGCCGAUGAUGCGGCCAUUCAACAGGUGCGCAACUCGCGCUCAUCCCAGCAGCAGCAGCAGCAGCAGCAACAGGUUGUUCAGCAGUUGCAGCAACAUCAACAGCAACAGCAGCAGCAGCAUCUAGCGCAAUCACAGUCCACGACAGCCAGAAGCGGGACUCAGAUACUACACAAGGCAUCCUCGACGAAGGUGAAUGGCGACGAUAGCUGGUAUUAUGAGGACAUACAGCUGGAGCGUGGCAAUUCCGGGUUGGGCUUCUCGAUUGCCGGCGGCACCGACAAUCCCCAUAUUGGCACCGACACCUCGAUAUACAUCACAAAGCUGAUACCGGGCGGCGCCGCAGCUGCCGAUGGACGUCUGAGCAUUAACGACAUCAUCGUAUCGGUCAACGAUGUCUCCGUUGUAGAUGUGCCGCAUGCCUCUGCUGUGGAUGCUCUCAAGAAGGCCGGCAACAUCGUGAAGCUGCAUGUGAAACGGAAACGUGCCGCAAGUGCAACAGCUGCCGCACCCACAACAGCCGAUGUCCUAGACAGCGUCAGCGGAACGGCGAUCUCCGCUUCGGCUACGGCGUCGGCGUCGGCACCGGCGGGACCAAAGGUGAUCGAAAUUGAUUUGGUCAAGGGCGGCAAAGGUCUGGGCUUCUCAAUUGCCGGCGGCAUUGGCAAUCAGCAUAUACCGGGCGACAAUGGCAUCUAUGUGACCAAGCUCAUGGAUGGCGGUGCGGCCCAAGUGGACGGGCGCCUCUCCAUUGGCGACAAGCUAAUAGCGGUUCGCACUAACGGCAGCGAAAAGAAUUUGGAGAAUGUCACGCAUGAACUGGCUGUGGGCACACUCAAGUCCAUCACCGAUAAGGUGACACUGAUUGUGGGCAAAACGCAGCAUUUAACGAGCAGUGCCUCACAGUCGGGCAGUGCACAGCUUGGCCAGCAGUCGCAGGCGCAUUCACAGUCGCAAACCCAAUUGGCAGCUGCCACACGACAGCAGCAGCAGCAACAGCAGCCAGUUAAUUCGGAAUCUGCAGAGCCCGGCUCAAGAUACGCAUCAACGAAUGUCCUGGCGGCCGUGCCACCGGGCACACCGCGUGCUGUCAGCACAGAGGAUAUAACCAGAGAACCACGCACCAUUACCAUACAAAAGGGACCACAAGGUCUGGGCUUCAAUAUAGUCGGCGGCGAGGAUGGCCAGGGUAUUUAUGUAUCAUUCAUAUUGGCCGGCGGUCCGGCGGAUCUUGGCUCCGAGCUGAAGCGCGGCGAUCAGCUGCUCAGUGUGAACAAUGUCAAUUUGACGCAUGCCACACACGAGGAGGCGGCGCAGGCAUUAAAAACAUCUGGCGGCGUAGUCACAUUGGUUGCACAAUAUCGGCCAGAGGAUUACAAUCGAUUCGAGGCACGCAUUCAGGAGCUGAAGCAACAGGCGGCGCUUAGCGCCGGCGGCUCUGGCACCCUGCUCCGCACCACACAGAAGCGUUCGCUAUAUGUACGCGCCCUUUUCGACUAUGAUCCAAAUCGCGAUGAUGGCCUGCCGUCGCGCGGCCUGCCCUUUAAGCACGGUGACAUACUGCAUGUGACCAAUGCCUCCGACGAUGAGUGGUGGCAGGCGCGACGCGUGCUCGGCGACAAUGAGGACGAACAAAUCGGUAUUGUGCCAUCGAAGCGGCGCUGGGAGCGUAAAAUGCGUGCACGUGAUCGCAGCGUCAAGUUCCAGGGACAUGCGGCGGCUAACAACAAUCUAGAUAAGCAAUCAACGUUGGAUCGCAAAAAGAAGAAUUUUACAUUUUCACGCAAGUUCCCAUUCAUGAAGAGUCGCGAUGAGAAGAACGAAGAUGGCAGCGACCAAGAGCCAAACGGAUUUGUAAACAGCAACAGUGAAAUCGAUGUUAACAAUGUUAACAAUAAUCAAGCAAAUGAGCCGCAGCCUUUUAUGCUUUGCUACACACAAGACGAUGCCAACGCUGAAGGAGGCGAGAUUAUCUACAGAGUGGAAUUACCCGAUAUGGAGCAGAUAACUUUAAUCUACUUGGAGAAUAAUGAUGCUGACUAUCCUUCCGAGGAGAACGUGCUGUCCUAUGAGGCCGUGCAGCGUUUAUCCAUUAGCUAUACACGUCCCGUUAUAAUAUUGGGACCACUUAAGGAUCGUAUCAAUGACGAUCUAAUAUCUGAAUACCCGGACAAAUUCGGCUCAUGUGUACCACAUACCACACGGCCGAAACGCGAAUAUGAGGUAGAUGGUCGGGACUAUCAUUUUGUGUCAUCGCGCGAACAAAUGGAGCGUGAUAUACAGAACCAUCUGUUCAUCGAAGCCGGCCAAUACAAUGACAAUUUGUAUGGCACUUCGGUGGCCAGUGUGCGCGAGGUGGCCGAGAGGGGCAAACACUGCAUACUGGAUGUUUCGGGCAAUGCAAUUAAGCGCUUGCAGGUUGCGCAACUCUAUCCGGUUGCUGUUUUCAUAAAGCCCAAGUCUGUGGACUCUGUGAUGGAAAUGAACCGUCGCAUGACCGAGGAGCAAGCAAAGAAAACAUAUGAGCGCGCUAUUAAAAUGGAGCAAGAAUUCGGCGAAUACUUUACGGGCGUUGUACAAGGCGAUACAAUCGAGGAAAUAUAUAGCAAAGUCAAAUCAAUGAUUUGGUCGCAAUCGGGACCAACUAUUUGGGUACCAUCGAAGGAAUCUCUAUGACCAACAGCCACAAC